CCGGGUACGGUACGAUGGCUCGGUGGAAUUGUUGUCAUGUGUUGAGUCGUCGAGGACACUGGGACUUGGAGUGCGAAGGGCGUCAUCAGGUCAAGUGCAAACUCGGAUGCUGAAGUCAUGUCCAGAUAUCAUCAGGAUUGAUCUGAAUCGCUGUAGGUGAAUGGAGGUACAGGGCUGUAUGACGACGCGAUGUGACGUACUGAGCCGAUGCUGCUCUGGAACCGCGAGCCUGAGCUGAGCUGAGCUGAGCGGUGGAGGCUUCGAUAUCGUCGUCAAUAUCUUAUUUUUGCUUGCUCGCCCACGCAACAGCGUGCUCUGAGUUGUCGCCGGAGGAUUUGAACUCACGAAAGGACUCAAUGGCCUCAUCGCUUUGGCAUGAUUACUCGAGGUGGAAUGGAUCGCUGUGUGGGUUCCAGUGUACGAUGAUGCAAAGCAGCAAAGCAAAAGUCUGAGGAAUAUAUAUGAUCUCAGGCCCUAUGAUCCUUUCUAUAUUUUGUUGAGACUCCGAGAUAGGCAGGAACAGCGUCUGUCUGUCACUGAAAUUGUUCCAUCGCUGAUUAUAAAACCGUGCCAGUGCAAUUCUCUCAGGCAGCACAAGGAGUCUGUGCUGACGGCGAACAAACUUUAUAACUUUAUAACCUGAAGCCUGCGCACCGGACAUAGCCAACACCUUAAAAUACGAGUUCAAUAUUUAUACACUUCUCCCCAAUGCCUGAUGAACUCACUAUUCAGCAGCAGAGUCAUCUCUAACUGGGAACUUCUCGCACUUCCUUCUGCUGCAGAACGUGCACCGAAAACAUUCUCAUCAGACCGUAAAAGAUCAAAUAGGACUAUUUUAUCCAACAUCUCUCAAAUGGUUUCACUUGAAACUCCUGAAUUCUAUCUCGAUCGCUCCCCCCGUGUGCUGUCAAAUCGUUUGCAGUUUGCAGUUCGAGCAUCGAGCUGCGUCUGCGGCUGCGUCUGCGUCACUACGGGACAGUUUAGAAACAUACUGAGGUGCGUCGGACCCGGAGCCAGCUCCUUCCACCGAAGCACAGACUCAGAUCGAUCCCGAAUAACGAUUCGGGAUUUGCACGUAUGGAAUCGAGAAGAGAAGGCAGAGUGCGCUUGGUUUUCUUCAUUCUGUCCGUCGAACAGAACUCACCGAGUCCGUGUAAGAGUUUGGAAUGUUGCCGAAGAUUACAAUAUGCAGAAUUGCAAGGACGGUGCAGGGGAUCGUCGAGCUGCGAGAUGGAGUCGUCUGAAGGGCGUUCCUCACAGGCCCUACUCGGUCCAGGCUGGCACUUGGUAGUGAGCACUGGAUCUGGGCCUCGAGCAUGUCUAUGGCAGCGCAAAGGUCAGAUGAUGAGGACGAGGAGGAGGGCU